CGGAUCGUGCGGCCGGCGGCUCCCUCGCGGCUCGCGGCGUCGGGGCCCGUGGCGCGCGCGCGGCCGCCCCUCGGCCCCGGAGCCCCUCGGCGGCGCCACCAUGUACUCGGGAGCCGGCCCCGUGCUCGCGCCUCCUGCGCCGCCGCCGCCGCCCAUCCAAGGAUAUGCCUUCAAGCCUCCGCCCAGACCCGACUUCGGGACCUCCGGGAGAACAAUCAAGUUACAGGCCAACUUCUUUGAAAUGGACAUUCCAAAAAUUGACAUCUAUCAUUAUGAAUUGGAUAUCAAGCCAGAGAAAUGCCCAAGGAGAGUUAACAGGGAAAUAGUGGAACAUAUGGUCCAGCACUUUAAAACACAGAUCUUCGGGGAUCGGAAACCAGUGUUUGAUGGAAGAAAGAAUCUCUACACAGCGAUGCCGCUUCCAAUUGGGAGGGAUAAGGUGGAGCUGGAGGUCACGUUGCCUGGAGAAGGAAAGGACCGCAUCUUCAAGGUGUCCAUCAAGUGGGUGUCCUGUGUGAGCUUACAGGCGUUACACGAUGCACUUUCGGGGCGGCUGCCCAGCGUCCCCUUUGAGACGAUCCAGGCCCUGGAUGUAGUCAUGAGGCAUUUGCCAUCCAUGAGGUACACCCCUGUGGGCCGCUCCUUCUUUACCGCGUCCGAGGGCUGCUCCAACCCCCUUGGCGGGGGCCGGGAAGUGUGGUUUGGCUUCCAUCAGUCCGUCCGACCUUCUCUUUGGAAGAUGAUGUUGAAUAUCGAUGUCUCAGCAACUGCAUUUUAUAAGGCACAGCCAGUAAUCGAGUUUGUUUGUGAAGUUUUGGAUUUUAAAAGUAUUGAAGAACAACAGAAACCUCUGACAGAUUCCCAAAGGGUAAAGUUUACCAAAGAAAUCAAAGGUCUAAAGGUGGAGAUAACGCACUGCGGGCAGAUGAAGAGGAAGUACCGCGUCUGCAACGUGACCCGACGGCCCGCCAGUCACCAAACGUUCCCGCUCCAGCAGGAGAGCGGGCAGACUGUGGAGUGCACAGUGGCCCAGUACUUCAAGGACAGGCACAAGCUGGUUCUGCGCUACCCCCACCUCCCAUGUUUACAAGUCGGACAGGAGCAGAAACACACCUACCUUCCCCUCGAGGUCUGUAACAUAGUAGCAGGACAGAGAUGUAUCAAAAAGCUGACCGACAAUCAGACCUCAACCAUGAUCAGAGCGACUGCCAGGUCAGCGCCGGAUCGGCAAGAAGAGAUUAGCAAGCUGAUGCGAAGUGCAAGUUUUAACACAGAUCCGUAUGUUCGUGAAUUUGGAAUCAUGGUCAAGGACGAGAUGACAGAUGUGACCGGGCGGGUCCUCCAGCCACCCUCCAUCCUCUAUGGGGGCAGGAAUAAAGCGAUUGCCACCCCUGUCCAGGGCGUGUGGGACAUGAGGAACAAACAGUUUCACACAGGCAUUGAGAUCAAGGUGUGGGCCAUCGCGUGCUUCGCCCCCCAGCGUCAGUGCACAGAAGUCCACCUGAAAUCCUUCACGGAGCAGCUCAGAAAGAUCUCGAGGGACGCUGGGAUGCCCAUUCAGGGCCAGCCGUGCUUCUGUAAAUAUGCCCAGGGGGCGGAUAGCGUGGAGCCCAUGUUCAGGCACCUGAAGAAUACGUAUGCUGGCCUUCAGCUGGUGGUGGUCAUCCUGCCUGGCAAGACCCCCGUUUACGCCGAGGUGAAGCGCGUGGGAGACACGGUGCUGGGGAUGGCCACGCAGUGUGUGCAAAUGAAGAAUGUGCAGAGGACCACCCCGCAGACCCUGUCCAACCUCUGCUUGAAGAUCAAUGUCAAACUGGGAGGCGUGAACAACAUCCUGCUGCCCCAGGGGAGGCCGCCCGUGUUCCAGCAGCCCGUCAUCUUCCUGGGGGCCGAUGUCACUCACCCACCUGCCGGGGACGGGAAGAAGCCUUCCAUUGCUGCUGUCGUGGGCAGCAUGGACGCGCACCCCAACCGCUACUGCGCCACCGUGCGGGUUCAGCAGCACCGGCAGGAGAUCAUCCAGGACCUGGCCACCAUGGUCCGCGAGCUCCUCAUCCAGUUCUACAAGUCCACACGCUUCAAGCCCACCCGCAUCAUUUUCUACCGCGACGGCGUCUCGGAGGGCCAGUUUCAGCAGGUUCUCCACCAUGAGUUACUGGCCAUUCGCGAGGCAUGUAUUAAGCUAGAAAAAGACUACCAGCCAGGGAUCACUUUCAUAGUGGUACAGAAAAGGCACCACACGCGGCUCUUCUGCACUGACAAGAACGAGAGGGUCGGGAAAAGUGGAAACAUUCCAGCAGGCACAACUGUGGACACGAAAAUCACCCACCCGACCGAGUUUGACUUCUACCUGUGUAGUCACGCUGGCAUCCAGGGAACAAGCAGGCCUUCCCACUAUCACGUGCUUUGGGAUGACAAUCGUUUCUCUUCCGAUGAGCUGCAGAUUCUCACCUACCAGCUGUGUCACACCUAUGUGCGCUGCACGCGCUCUGUGUCCAUCCCGGCGCCAGCAUACUAUGCCCACCUGGUGGCCUUCCGGGCCAGGUACCACCUGGUGGACAAAGAACAUGACAGUGCCGAAGGAAGCCAUACCUCCGGGCAGAGUAAUGGACGAGACCAUCAAGCGUUGGCAAAGGCAGUCCAGGUUCAUCAGGACACGCUGCGCACCAUGUACUUUGCUUGACGUGUUUUAGUGUUUACGAUUGUGUACCAAGUUGGAUUCACAUGAGACCAGCUACACUCAGACCAACAGAUGCCCAGCCCUUCCGUGACAGCCAGCAUCGAACAUGAGACGUCAUUGAUUUUAGUAGAUUCUCCAUUUUCCAGAAUGCCUUCCGUCCCAGAUUUCAAACUUGGAUUUUGAACUGCAGACCUGUAUGAGACCCCAUUGUCGUAGGAAAUAUGGUUUGCCAAAAUCUAUAAGCUGCUUAUUAAAAUAGAGUCCCGUGUUUCCUAAAAAUCUCCUAAAACCAGUCUAUGAACUCAGGGCUUUAAAACAUUUUUAAUUUAUUUGGUCAUUCAAUUUACUUGUUUUUAACACAUGAUUCUCUAUGAAAUUGGUGGGCUCAAACUAGCUGUGAACGUUCUCAGAGAGUGAAAGCAACGCAGAUCGUGGCUGUGGUUUUAAAGCCUUGAGCAUUCUGAGGUGGUCACUAAAGUUUUAUGUCAGAGUGAUACUAGUGUGCUCCUGACAGGGCUGACGCAAGCUCUUCAGGACCUGGGGCAGGUGGCCCGCCGAGGCGCCCACGGGUGUCUUGUCCUGCCACUGCCCGCCUUUCACUCAGCUUGAAAUAAGGAGCGGGGGCAGAGGAUGGGCCAUGUGUGUUUACAACAUUUAUAGGUCCAGAGAGAUUGGCAGACAAGUGCCAUUUUAAUAAAAAUUUAUUUAAAAAAAAAAAAGAAAAAAGACAAUAUGCCGACAGUCUAAUCAUAAGAUUUGUCCUAUAGGACUGUGACAUUUAUUUUCCAAAGUUUCUAAAGAAUACGGGUCUGUGGUGAUAAAAACAGUACAAUCCUUUUUCACUGUUAUGUCUUUAAUGUAAGAGAAAAAAAUAUAUAUAUCUGGUUUGCAGUAUUAAUGUGAUAGAUAGAUGCUGUUUUUUCAUUUUAUUGACUUCGGGGUGCUUAUUGUGAUCUGUUUCGCAUAUCAAGAGUGUUCUGGAGACUGGACCACCUCCUGUGGUUCUCAGUGCUUACGUACAGGAGUAUGCAAUUGAGUCAAUGUGACCGCCACCCGCCUCCCCCCCCGCGUAGAUUGCGUAGCCUGUACCUUCGGGGGGACCGAGCGCGGGCCCGGCGGCCACUCGCCGCCACCCCACGUCCUGCCCCCCGUGCAUUGCUCGGCCGAUUAAGCACAAAUGGAAUGUAUUUAUUCUUCCAUUCCUGGGAAACAAGUCCAUGUGUCCCAGUGUCCCUCUCUCAGUCCGGUUCUGUUAGACGAGUUCCGUAGGACCUAUGCACUGAAGCGCGCAGAGAGCCGUGGGCAGAGGCGCCCCGUGGGCGCGGGGCCCGGCGAGCCCUGCCCUCGGUGGCCGCUGCCGCGCCAGCAGAAGAGCCUCGCGUCCUGGUCCCCGCGCGUGGGUUUGCCUGGCUAGAAACCAUUGCACUAAGAGUGAUAACCAUGGACAACUUGAAAAGGGUAACAGCGGACAACUCUGUGCUAAGUGGGCUGUUUGUCCUUUUAGACAAUUUAAAAAGAAAAAAAAAAAUCAAAUCCACUUUCAGUGUAGAGAUUCAGGGGAGGAGACGGGCCUUCCCCUAGUGCUGCUUUGUGCUCUGUCGGCCUCCCUCUGCUUGCUACCGGCCCCCCAAGCCCAGCCUGACGCUUACCUCUGGCACUGUGGCGGAGAAGGCGCCCCCCCUGUGUGUCGCCCGCGGCCCUGGGGUGCUGGGCGGGUGCCGGGGGGGCAGGGGAGCCGCGGGCGGAGCUGUAAUGGACACUCGGCCUAGAUUUCGGCGGCAAUGACAAAGGGGAGACUAUUAUUUGUGAAGAUAUAUACUCAGAGUGGUGUGUGCGUGUGUGUGUCCGUGUGUGCAUGUGGGUGUCUUAUUAAUGGCAUUAGCCUCUUCUUGCUGUAUCUUUUUUGUUUGGGGGUUUGUUUGUUGGGUGUUUUUUUUGUUUUGUUUUGUUUUGUUUUUGGUCUUUUUAAACGAACAGAAGCCUCUGCUCUAAGAAAUGUUGCAAUUCCCUGUCGUUUUAUUGGCAAGUGGCACUUUCUCCUAUUUUCAGAAGGAUACCAAUACACUCUUGGCUGAAAUUACCAGGAGCAUUCAAGCUUAAGGAGGGAAUCUUUUCACUUACACACUUUUGAAAUCUGAAAUUAGGUUAGUUUUCAGCCAUUUUGAGGAUCAUCUAGAACCAUGUGUCUCAAAGGUGUGUUUCUACUACCUGCAGCAGGGUCCUGGUGGUCAGGGCAGUGGUGGUGCUUGGUAAAAAUGCAGACUCCUGAAUCCGAUUCUCCAGAGCCGGGGCUGGGCAUCUGUAUUUUAUACCAUUGACUGAGGUUCCAGGGCUGCCUAAAGUCAGGACCCCUGAUCUAGAGCUUUCUGAGGAGUGCUCUCCCUCGAGCACCGAGGGCCCAGCGGAGGAGGAGCCCUUUGGCGGCAGCACAGGCAGGUACUCACUGAGCUAACCUAGGAAAGACCGCAGGCCAGUGGAAAGUUAGACCUAAAUGUCUUGUUGUUUUUUUUAAAUCAUUUUGAAGGAAAGGUUUUCCUUUUAGUGGGCCAAAGUACUUUGAGAAGGGUACUUUUUAUAGCCCUAUGCUUGUUUUAUAAAACUUUUAAUACUAAAAGCAUUAAUAGACCAAACAUCUCCAGCGAGGUUAGCUGCAUACCUUUGUACACAUCUGACGGAUGAUUCAGAAUUCAAAUGGCUGUAGUUACAAUUUCUCAGGUAAAUAAUUGUUUUCCCAAAUUUCUACCAAUCCCCCCAUUAUUAGGAUAAAUUUUGAGACAGCGUAAAACCUCAAAGUCCUGUAGACUAAGUCUGAGCCCUGUUCACAUGGAAGCCAAAAGGGGCCCUUGCUGUCUCUGACUGUGCUUGCACCCCCGCCCGGGCUACCUCUGCCCCCCCCGCCCCGUGACCCCAAGAGGGCUCCCAGGGUAGCUCCACCCUCUGCCUGCAUCUAGCCACCCGGAGGCUUGGGGUGCAUGCAGAUUUGAGAGGUGUCUGUGCGCUGGCUUUGCCCCACCCCACUGUUAAGUAAGGUGUGCCUUGCUUUAAGCAAACUGAAUGUGAAAAUUAUGAUGUAGAAAUCUGGAUUCAUUUAAAAGAAAAACUGGGAUUUAUCUCGUCUCUUUAAAAGAGGUCUGAUUAGAUUCUUAUACUGGUACUCUUCCUAGUAGAUGUUAAAAUGUUCACUUUAAGAAGAAUGACCGCUCCCAUCCCUUCACCACCGUCUGUCCUGUUCGCCCCGCUGUCGCCCUAGUGACAAAGCAAUGAAGGAAGCCCAGGGGAGCCGAGGACGGUGCCGCUGAGAUUCUAUCCUCUUUGUGUUCGACAUGCUCAGACUUUCCUAGUUCAGAUACAUUUUUGUAAAACUAGGCGUACUCGUACUUCUAGAAAGGGAUUGUUUGGUUUGGUUUGGGUUUUGAGAAGUCUCCCCUUAGACACUUUUGAUACAACAUUGUAGGGUCUGCUUUUAUUUUUUAAGUUGAUGUUGCUUGUUGGUAGUGGUCUUACACUCCCUUGGAUGAAUGUCCACACUCUAGAACCGCCGGCGACCCCUGGCCACUGGGCGGGCUUGCCUGAGAGGGCCGCAGUGGGGACAGAGUGACGUCUGUGCUCUUUGAGGCUGGCCGUGGUCACUGCCAUUACUGAUGUUUACCCCUGGUUACAGAGUGCUCAUUGGAAGACAGUUUGAGCUCAGUUCCUACAGCAGGGUUGGGGGGUGGUUUUACUGAUGUUAUAUUAUAUAUUAUUUUUAUUGUUGUUAAAAUGCAAAUGUUGCUAUUUAUUUUUUUCUUUCUGUUCUGGUUCGAUUUGGCCGAUGUGGAUAUAUCCCAGUGCAUGUGGUACCUGAUGGAUAUGAUAGAAAUUAUUUUCCCCAACUUUUAUAAAUUGCCUAAUGUUUACCUGCAAGUUUGCCGGAUGAUUUAUUUUUGAAAGCCACAAAUGUAAUUUUUCUGGAUGAAUUGUUUUUCUUAUAUAUGCAGCAAUGUAAUUUUACAUUGAUCUGCAGGGUGAUUUAAAUUUUAUUUUUACAAGGCAGUUUUUCAGUCAAAUUAUAUAUUUGAUACAAUAUGUUAAGGGUAGACCAGCCAAGCGUCCUGCAGUUGGGACACCAGACUGUCUCUAGGGGGCCUGGGGGGCUGGGACGGCUUCUCUCGGUUGCUCGUCGUCAUGGAAGCACUUGGCUUGUUUCGUGGAGCCGUCAGGAUCUGGAUGUACUCCUUCAACGGGACUUUGAUCUGGUGGACAGUUAAAAGGAUUUUUCAUGGGCAUUUUCCUACACCUAAGGCAGUUCCAUUAGGAGGAGCUUUAGAAGUUGACAUAAUCCAGACAGUGGACAAUCCCAGUGGCCCAGACAAGCCAUAGAAAUCUCCCUGUGACCUCUCUGACUCAUCUCUCACUCUCAUGAGAAAGGAAUGUACAAUAAACAGAAACUUCCUCAGUGUUUGUGCGCCUCACUUUCAGAAUGCAAAUAUUUUAUUUAUAUUUUAAGCCCUUCCCCAAAGUAACCAAGAAGAUUCUUUCUAGCUGCCCUGCCUGCAGGCUCGGCCGCCGUGACAUGUUUUCAGUGUAGUCCCGGUGCACGUGUGACUUUGUGAUGGGGCUGUCUGUGUUAUACACACAUGCUGACUCUUUUGUAAGGAAAAUUUUCAACUCAAAAUAAUUGCACUGAUUUUUUGACAACUUCCUUUUUAUUGUGUCCAACUUUGCAUCUGCUGUACUUGUUUGAAAUGAUUGUAAAUAGAUUUAGGUUAGCAAAAAUGAUAUGAACACAACACGUCGCUACAUUGUAGGGGACUGCUAUGUUUUCAGUAUUAUGUGUUAGAGCUGCGUGGACCUCGCUCUGCCUCUGUAGCCUUGUGUCUGUUGACCAUUCAUGAAGGACAAAUUAGCCUCGUGUUCUUGUUUUUCAGAAAGUAAGUUUUUUGCAAUCUAUAGAAAGGAGAGUCCUCUCCCCUGGAGGUCUGAAGGUUUGAUUUUAAGAGGAUUGAUUAUAAAUCCUUUGAACACUUUUUUCAGUCUAAUUCCUUGCUGUUUCCUGUGGCUCCUGAAAGCAUUUUCUUCCAGUUCCAUCCAGCAUCUGACAGUCUGGAUAGGAAGCAUCUGUGUGGCCAAUGUGAAUAGACCACUAAGCAAGGGCCUCCCUCGCCUCUCUUUGGUCAGCCAUCAUUUUGAAGCCAUGAGAUCACUGUUGUGUCAAAACUGUCAUUUGCGGCUUAACGCAUAGAUGCUAGAGAGACCUGGAAUCCAGUGCUGUUCCUUUAUGGCUUGUGAUUUUUGCUAGAUUAGAAGUGUGUGCUCCGGCGCACGGUGUAUGAUUGUUUGUGGUCAGGCUACCCGGUAUCAGACACACAAAGGAGCUUUUAGACCCAAACCAGUCAUGAGUGUGUGUUCACGUAGCGUCGAUGCCAUCGUGGUGCCCUCCCUAAUGCUUUUUUGGUUAUGUUUUGCCAUUUUAUUGUCUAAAGUGAAUGUAUUGGCUUAGCCAAAUCACUACAGAAGGUGGUUUCUAAAUACCUUUUAGUUUAAAAAAAAUAAAAAUAAAUGCAGAUAAAGGCUACCUCUGAAUUCUCAAUAGGUUCAUGUUUGCUCUUAAGCGUAGCUAUCCACACUGAAAAAAGCCAAAACGUUGCCUGAAUAAACUGAAUUGUGAACAUCUCUCUCUUUAGUUCUGGCUUGAAAAUGUGUGUGCCAUACUGUGACCCAUGGGCAGUCCCCUCCUCCCCCUCGGAGGCAUCAGAGGUGGACCGGGGACUCCUCAGGGCUGCCCACCUCAAUAAUCUAGGGUUCUACGCAGCCAGCGUGAAUAAAAUGGAAAAGCUUUCCGCACCGUCCUCACAGGCUGGCGGGAACAUCUCCACGCAGGGCCGUGGGUGGUGAAACCUUGAAACGGCCUGUUGUCCUGGAUUUUCACUUUCCUAUUUGCUGUAAGAAAGCACUUUCUUCUCUGUGUUACUUAUGAAUGGGUUGAAAAUGGCUCCCUCUGCUCUCUUCUCCCUUUUUGUACACUCUGUAAAAUCACGAAGGUGCUGAAACACCGACUCUCGUGCAAAUAAUACAUCUAAAGCUGCUGUAUGGUUUCAAAAAACCAUGCAGUUAUAGUUGACCUUUGACUUUGGAACCUUGAGUUACCAUCACUCCCUACUUAAUAAACAUGAUCUACAGUUUAAAAGCAAAAUGUUCCGUUCAAGUCCAAGGCCCUCUGUUGUGGACACAGAGUCCACAGCCAGCAUCUUGAAGUAGGAGUUCCUGCUGCCAGCACCCUGGAUCCCCUGACGCUAACUUAUGGGCAGUCUGUCCUGAGGGAGUUUGUUACCGUUCUGAGUACCCCUCCUGUGAUUAACCACUUUGCUGUCAGAAUGUCCUUUGCCCACACACUGUGGGUCAGUCGGUGUCAUCCUCUGCCUUCUUCGGAUCUUGUUUUACGUUCUCUACAUUGUCUCGUCUUUGGAAUGGUUCCUAUCUGCUCCAAGACACCUCCAUUGGUUUGCUCUUAUAUUCUUGAGGGACAGGCAGGUGGUUUUGCAGUUACAGAUGUCUGGUUGUGUGGAGGUUGCUCUGCCCUCUUACCGGACACCCCUCAGACACUGACUUUGGCCCAGAGAGGUUCCAAAUACAAUGUUACCUGGAAAUUUUUGCCUUUAGCACUGUUGUUUUGGGUUUUGAUGCUUUUCAUGCUACAUGACAUGCUUUAAUUCUGAAAGAGCUAAGUGUCCUUUGCAGUCUUUCUAAGAAUGUUUUGUACUUCUGCAAUUACACUGUUUUGUAGAUAGAGCCCACCCCAAGAUGCAUGGAUGUGUAGGGUGGGUAACCCACAAUGUCUGCUGACCUGCUUCUGGAACUUGCUUGGGUGCUCUGAGUUGGCCUCAUUUUCAACUAGGAUCCCGUUCUGGGUGUUUUGGGGGACACUGCACAGCAGCCCCCUCCUUGAUUCAGUAAUGUGAACUGUUGAACUCAGACCCACCCAUCAGCUUUUUGCGUUACAGAUCUCCAGAAUCCUGGGGUGGGCCUCUCCCGCCAUCUUCGCAUUCAUGAAAGGUUAUUUUAAAAGAGGGAACCGAAGAUUACUGGUGCUUUUGUUAACACUUUUCUCUUAUUGGUCAAUGUGAAAAAUUUCGAUGUGUUAACAUCUUUCAACGCCCUUGGUGGUAUGCAGAAGAGUUGAAUCCUCAACUCACUCCCAUCCCCUUUCUGGGGGGUGGCAAGAGGCUGAAUUAUCUUCUAUUUACGACCUCUUUGGAUUUCAGUAGUUCAGAGUUAAAGCUAAAACACCAAAUACUAACUCUUGCCCCUCAAGUGUCUCCAGGAACUAGAUGUUGAGGCCACCCUCAUUAAGUAGCUUCUGAAUCAAGGUCCUUAAAACCAUGAGUUGAACCCAAGAACACCCCACACAACCAGGCCAGGGGGUGUGCUGCAGGCUGAUGCUUGGCUCCUUGGCACCACUUGGCAGAACUAGGUGCUUGUGUUGGGGAGCCAAGGCUCCUUGGAACUCUAGAGACUGUGGGAACAAUCUCGGGGGGUGGGAGAGGGCAGGUCCCUCUGACCCAGGAAGCAGGUGGUACCAGGCUUUCCUCUGGUCUCCUUUGGUACCAGACUGAGCGUGUUCUGGAAGACCCGGUCUCAGCCGCUGUGCCUUUAAAGUCCGGUCCUCAGUGUCCUUUCUCAAUCAUAUUGGGGCUGCAUUUUUAUUGGGAAGUAAGCCUGUACCAUUCCACAAGUCAAUCAUUGACCUUCUGCCUUCUAAGCUGCAUCUGCUCCUCAGCUCCUGACUCUGUAAACUGUGAUGCCCAUGCACACUGUCUCGUGUCAGAAAACGUUAUGUUCUCAUAGUUGAAGGAAUUCCUUCCCAAGUCCACGUCUGCUGGAAUUCCAGGAAAUCAGCGCAAGAUCCAUCUCUUAGGCCUUGGCGGCGGCCAUCAACACAACCCAGUGGUUUUGUCCUCAGAGUCACUCAACAAGCAUAUUUAGUGUAACAGAACUAGAUUUUUAGAAUGAGAAUUGGAAUCGUGUCUCUGUGAAUUGCGUGUGAAGCCCUCAGACGUAAGGUGCUACUCAGUCCUACUGUCCUUACUUUGGGAUGCUUUUCCGUUUGUGUGGCUCUGUUUUGCGGUGUGCAGGGAAGCUGCUGACUUGGGUGAGCCGUGCAUAGAGGACUCCCGGUUCUGACAUGCCUAAAAUACAUUUUUUUAUCUCGAACUUUUCCAAGCCAGGUAUUGAGCAGUUUCUUGGCUGAUGGUCUAAUUAAAAAACACCUUAACCCUGUUGAGGGUCAAGGGAUGUCCCUGUUAAGGGAUGAUUUUAUUGCUUUUAAGUGGGGGAAAUAAUCCAAUGUUAUUUAUUUUUAAAACGCAUAGAAACUCAUUCUUGGCGGCUCCUCUUGGCCCUUCCUUCCUUCUACCAAACCCUCAUUUUGAAAGGCAUGGUUGUUCCCUCGGCAGAGGUGCUGGCUGCAGAGGGGAUGCUACAUUAAUAAUUUUGGUUCCUCUUCAAAGCCAAAUAUACACAUGACUGAAAUCCUGAAAGUAUAUAGUUUAGCACUAAACUGAAAUUUGAAUCCUGAGUUUGAUAGUGGAUUUUAAUGUAGCUGUUGAAGGUAUGAAUUCAUGUUUUAUAACUGUAGAGGCAAGUGAGUUUUUACUUAAGAAGUUUUAAGAGAAUAAUUGUAAGUUUCUGUGCAGCAAAGUGGCUAAUUACUCAUUAAAUACAAGAAAAGAAUGUAGUGUCUACAUGCAGAUUUGUCUUACCUCUGGUACACUUCAGAUUACUUACCUAAUACGUAUUGAGGGCUUUUAACCCUGAGUUUUAUCAACUUUUCUAGUUUUAUUUUAUUUUUAUAAAAUAAUUGAAAAAGAACCAAAAAUGAAUUCAGAAGUUCCUUAGGUGGAUCUUGCCCGUUCUUCAUUUCCCCCACAAAGAAACAUUUUGGAAGAGAUUUUGAAUCAACAUGUAUUGUGACCAUUGCGAGUGUAGUGUUUUCUAAGAAGCCGAGCAGCUACACGGGCGUCCUGCAGGUGGUACUCUGCGAACUAUCUGCGGGCUCGUUCAGAGCCGUGCAGGGC